AUGUCCUCUAACACCGCCACCCCCAAGCUUUUCCAACCCGUCAAGGUUGGCAAACUCACGCUCGCCCACCGCAUCGUGCACGCCCCGCUCACGCGCUUCCGCAAUACCGAGUCUACUUACGUGCCCCUUGCGAACGUCAAGGAGUACUACGAGCAGCGCGCGAGCACGCCGGGUACGCUCCUGAUAUCCGAGGGCGUCGUGAUCUACCCGGAGGCGGGCGGGUGCCCGUAUACGCCAGGCAUCUGGUCGAAGGAGCAGAUCAAGGCGUGGAAGGAGGUCACCGACCGCGUCCAUGCCAAAGGCUCGUUCAUCUACGCCCAGCUAUGGGCUUUGGGGCGCGCUGGCUCGGAAGCCACCCUUAAAGCCGCUGAUCCCUCUUUCGACCUCGUCGCCCCCUCUGCAAUCCCCAUCUCUGGCCGCAACGAGACGCCACGCCCGCUCACGGUGCCGGAGAUCGGGCAAUACGUGGAGUGGUACGCGAAGGCAGCGCGCGCUGCGGUCGAGGAGGCCGGCUUCGAUGGCGUGGAAGUGCAUUGUGCGAAUGGGUAUUUGCUUGAUCAGUUCUUGCAAGAUGUGUCGAACACGCGGACGGAUGAGUAUGGCGGGAGUGUCGAGAGGCGGGCUCGGUUCCCUCUUGAGGUCACCAGUGCGGUCGUCAAUGCGGUAGGUGCGGACAAGGUCGGCGUGCGCCUCAGCCCGUGGAACAAGUUCCAAGACAUGCGCAUGAAGGACCCGAUCCCUCAGUUCUCCUACUUCACCGCCCAGCUGAAGGCCCGGCACCCCGACCUCGCGUACCUUCACGUCGUGGAGCCCCGCAUCUCAGGCAUCGACGACCGCACCAACGAGGAUAUCGGCGCGGAAGAGCAGAACGACUUCCUGCGAGAAAUCUGGGCGCCCGGCGUCGUGAUCUCUGCGGGUGGGUAUACGAGGGAGACGGCGCUGAAGACGGCGGACGAGAAGGGUGAUCUGAUUGGGAUGGGGAGGUGGUUUAUCUCGAAUCCCGACUUGCCUGUGCGCUGGCAGAAGGAGAUUGCGCUGUCGCCGUACGACCGCGACUCGUUCUACCUUCAUGGAAACUCGACGCCGCUCGGAUACACCGACUACACCUUUGCUGUGAAGGCGUAGACCCUCUGGUUGCUGAAUCGACAUUGACACGGCUAAAUAGGAGUUUAUGAACGUACAAUUUCUUGCGAUAUACGCGGUUGGCAGCCGCCUUUCAGGAC